CUCUUGGUUUCCCGAAGUCAACGGUGUAUGACACUGUUAAUCGGUAUGACGAAACAGGCUCAGAACACCCAAACAAACGCCCUGGUCACCAGGAAGUACUUUCUGAGCGUGAUAAACGUGCUUUAGUCCGUAUUGCAAAUAAUAAUCGUAAAGCACCAUUGGCC